GGAAACCGAAUCUCCCAACCAGAAUGAACUCCUUGCCCUCUCGAUGCCUCAGAUCUCUAUUCGUCGCCGUCCUUGUCCAUCAAACCCGCUCCUCGGUGCCAGCAGCACGACGAAGGCACGCAUCAGGCGCAGUGGGAAAUCCAGGCAUCAGCAGGCGGCCAGGACCAACAGCACCAUGCCCGUCAGAUCCGUCGCAUGCGCCAUCAGCCAAGGCCUCCAGCAGCAGCAACAGCAGCAGCAGCAGCAGCAGUGGGUGUCGUGAUGCUGUUCAUUCAUCGCUGGAGGCAUGUGAAGGGCGGGUUCUGUUCAGGCGGCCGGCACCUUCGCAGCUGCAGCUGCUCGUAUGGCUAAGGCAGACAAUACUCGUCGGCCUGGCUGAAUUCGGCAUGCUGCUCGGACUUGGUGAGUGAACACACUGGGAGGCAAUUGCCACCAUUGCUGUGUGCAUCUGUUCAUGUGACUGUCUGUGUGUGUGUCGGGCCGAUCGAUUAACAGGUGCGCUCUACGACCGGCUGAGCGAGUACCUGGACAUAGAGGCCGAUGGUGCGGUCCGCUUCCUGCUCGACGUGGCCUUCUGGUCAUCCAUGGUGUUCGGCGUCCGCAACUCCAUCACCCGGCCGAGGGACAUGGCAGCAGCGACAGACAGGGAGUGGUACCGAUCCCUCAAGCGGUCAGGGAGGCGGUUCUUCGACCUGCCCGGUUGGGCCUUCCUGGCGUGGCACCCGCUGCGAGCCAUGCAGACACUCGCAGCCGUCCGAGUGUGGCGCGGGACGGACCAAGACGUCUUCUCGGACCCAAUGCAGGCGCUGUUGCUGUAUUUGACGCUGAUUGACGUGUGGCGGACGGCCUUCUACGACUGGCACGCCAUCGGGUGGUCUGCGGGCUUGAUGGUGGCGGUAAUGGCGGCGUCGGUCAACGUGACGGUGCAGAUGCUCCUGGAGGACAGUGUGGCUGGCUGGCUGUUUCUGCCCAGUGUCAUUCUCGGGGCGCUCGUCGGGGCGCACAACAUAGCUCUGUAUGCUGACAACUGAUGGAUGGAUGGAUGGAUGUGGGAUGCCUAAUCAAUCCAUGUGU